UUGAUCAGAAAACCAAAAUGGUGUCGAUUCUGUUUGUAAUAGGCCUAAUUUUGUAGGUUUUCAACCGGCUUUUUGCUCUUUUAAUUAAGUUUAUUAGUUAUUGCGUUGAUUUAUUCAUUUGAAACUGAAAUAUUUUAUGAAAAUGUGUGUGGUGUUUAAAGAAUUCAUUCUUCGUAGUUUCUCUAGCCCCUAUACCGUACUUAACACUUUAGCCCCUAUGAUGAAUUAGAAAAGCAUUUCAUCAAUAAUGAAGGUCUUCAGCAGUACCAAAGACAACCAAAUGGUUGUUACAAAUGUGAAAGAGCAAGUGACAAAUUCUAUAAUUACCAAUCGUCAGAAUGGGCAGGUGAUGUUAUUAAAUACAUCUGCAAUACAGACUUCAAUAUCUUCUCAAAUGAAUCAAAGCAUACUGAUCAGUACGUCACCACCACAAAUGGCGAACAUGUCAAGCUCAGGAAAAAAUGACAUUCUUGUUUCAAACGUUCACCUAGUUUCAGCUCUCCAGUCUCCAAUCAUCUGGCCCGGGGAUGCUUCCAUAAAAAAGGCUACUGACAAGACAGGAAAAGACAAUGAACGUGUAACCAGAGCCAAUCCUACAAGCAUAAUUGCCAACGAUGCCACCGCGACUGCGGCCCCUACCUUCCUCACAAUCAUGGCUCCUCAAAGCAACUCUGUUUUCAACGCCUCGCAACCUGCUCCUCAGUUUAUAAUGUUAGGUGAACUGGCUCCAAACCAAAUAUUAUUGUCAAGCCCUGGCGUUGGCGUUGAUGAGAAUGCAGAGAUAAUCCAGUGCAAGCAGUUGAACAACAGUGAACCAAUAAAAAUGGAACCAAAGGUGGCAACCAAUGUGCUCGUUAUUAAUGAGGCGAGGGCCAAUGCUAAAGCCAAUGCCAAUGCAUGUGGCCAAGUGAAGCAGUCAAAGCUAGUCAAUGCUCUUCCUGCCACUGAUGUGGGUGCGCAUGUUGGAGUAUCAGAAGGACGGACAACUUCAAAAAAGCGUAGUAGAAAAGUGAACGGCGUAACACAAACGACGUCAGAUAUCCAAACUCAUUCAUCCACAAACAGCCAAUCAACUGUCUCCAUUUCUAAGCUAAUACCUCCUACUGAUUUGCAAACUCAAGCUGCAACUUUGCCACCUAACAACCAGACUACAGAUGGAAGCAAUGACAUGGGCUACACAGCUCAGCUGUUGUCUCAACUGACCAACACAGCUGUUGAGCUGCCGGCAAUCAGCUGUUCGCAGGUGUCGUCCGUGCUGUCGGCCCUUGAACCAGCUGGCAACAGCUGUGCCAGCAUCGACAAGCAGACCCAAACCAUUGAAUGUCUGCGGACCCUUCAAGCGAGAGCAACCCUUGAAGAGAGAGUAACCCCUCAAGAGAGAGCAAACCUUCAAGCGAGAGCAACCCGUCAAGCGAGAGCAGCAGCUGAAGCGAAACGAGCGCCCAGAGAACCAAACUGUGACUCGGAAGAGAUGAAACAUUAUCUCAGAGCUCAGUAUUCGGUUUUGAAGCAAGAAGACCUUGCCAAUAAUCUACCAGGAAUUUAUCAAUGUUCCGAAUGUAUUUACCUGAGCACAAACUCAGCUAAUGUAGGGACACAUUUCGAGCGUUUUCAUCACCUCAAGUCGACUGUAGCCACAUUGCCGAAAAGGAAUACUUUGAAAUGCGUCGGGUGCAGUAAUGUCUUCUACUCAAAACAUUCUCUGCAGGUACAUCUUGUACAAGAUCAUGAAGUCUCUGGCGCUGAAGUAAGUAUGAUGACGGACAUCAUAGUGAAACCACAGAUACCUGAAACUGGGCCAAACGAACCAACAAAAGAAGAAGAAACAAAUACCUACAACAAAGAGCAGAAUACUGACAGAACGAUACCAAAAUCUUCUGUUUCAAAAUCAAAUUACUACAUUGCCAAAAGUCUUGUCAUCGAUUUGAGAAGACCGAUGCAAAGCAAGUCUCCCGUUAUAGCGGCCACUGCUACCUGUGUGCAUUCCGAGACUCGCAACUCAAAUGAAGGAUCGACUACAAUUGACUCCACAGAGUUGACCAAUUCGCAAUACUUGGUCGAUCUCACAGCUCAGUUUUCAGCUGCCGCUCAGAAACUACCACUAACUAACACACAGCAAGAUGAAAAUAAUAGAGACGUCGUCACUAAGGAUGAGAAAACUGUUGAAGAUGCUCUCAAAAUGAAAGUGAAUGACAAUGAAGAUAAACCAACAAAUCAACAAAAUAUUCCGAUUGUCGAAAUGGAAGUGAAUGAAACGCCUAUUAGCCGUAGUAAAUCCGAUGUGGAGACAAGAGAGAAGUUCACCUCGCCUGCUAAAAAACGUGGGAGACCAAGUAAAUCAAAAAGCUCUAGGAUCAAAAAGUCUGUGACUGACGGAGAGACGGAAGAUGACUAUGCUGUGAGAGAAUGCGGCAUUGAUGGGUGUGAGUUGAGGUACGAGCACGGAUCAAACCUGGUGUACCACCAGCAGUGCCAUGACAAGAGCAAAGCCGGCCAACUGGCAUUCACGUGCGCCGAGUGUGGGGCGAGCCAGUCCAAGUGGCCGAGCAUGGCGAUCCACCUGUGGAGGGUGCACAACAUCGACAUGGAGCUGAUCUCAUGCGAGCAGUGCAGUUACAAGACCUACUUCACCAAGCACAUGACCACGCAUGCGCUCACACACGGCGAUCUGCGCCCGUUCCUCUGUGACAACUGCGGCAAGGGAUUCAAAACACGCAAGCAGAUGCAUAAUCACAAGGUGCUGCACAGAAGCAAUGUUGGAGAGGAAAGUGGCGAAGGUGAAGGCGAUGCGAGCAAAACGAGCAAGUUUGCUUGCACAAUAUGCGGCCGCAAAAUGAAGGACACCCGCAAUCUCAGGCUGCACAUGGAAAAUGUUCACCACAAGAUGCGUCGCUUCUUCUGUACAUUUUGUAGCUAUACCACCUACUCCCGAGGAUCAUUGCUCAUACACCAACGCAUACAUACUGGUGAAAAGCCGUUCAAAUGCGACUCAUGUGUUUAUGCCACAUCUGACCAUAACUCGUUACGCCGACAUAAAAUGCAGCACUCAGGCAAUAAGCCCUACAACUGUCCGCACUGCAGCUAUGCCUGUAUUCAGGCCUCCACCUACAAGACUCAUCUUAAAAGCAAACAUCCAGGUAUGUUCAGUUCAAUUGAAACUUUGCGCAUCUUACAACAAAUUCAGAAUUUUUCUUAUGUGGAAGCUGCUUUCUAAGGAACAUGUUGAAAUUACUGAAGACUUCUUCUGUAGCAGAGGUCCUUAGUUCUGAAAACGUACAUAUUUCUUAUUUGUAAAAUAACACAAUA